CAGCGAAGCUGUCCACUCAUGGCAACUGAACGGUGGACCCGCUUCAGGAUCAAACGCAUUUCUACCGUUUAGCAACCAAAAUGAGCACAUUGAUAGACGUUUAUGUUGGUUUGCGAAGGUGAGCGACAUUUUGGAAGCCACAUACUGAUCCAAACGCUGCCACGUUGUUGGAUGUCACUGUCAGAGUUUGGGCACGCCUAAACUGGGAGUCCCCGUCGGUGGUAUGAGAAAGGAUGGAGAGCUGCACACAUGUUUUCCAGAUCUCUGGGAUCAAAACCAAAGAUAAGAAGAGGGCUCUGGUGCAGGGAAUCCUACAGCUGGGUGGCAAAUACAUUGGUGGCUCAGUGUAUCACUACGAGAGCACCCAUCUCAUUAUCCCUCAGGUUUUGUCCAGUGAGAAGUUUUUGGCAGCCUGUGCUGCAGGAAAGUGGGUUGUGACUCCAGGUUAUGUGUUGGACAGUGUUAAGAAUGGUUCCUGGCUUCCGGAGGGCCCCUAUGAAGUGACCAUUUCCACCAGUUCCACUGCUGCCUUCCACCCUGUCAGACAAUGGAGAGAGAAGGUGUCCAGUGGGAAGCUAAAAGGAGCCUUCCAGGGCUGGAGGGUUCUCCUGAUGGUGCGAGAGCCCACCCGGAGAGCCAUGUUCAAACGGCUGCUGAAAGCAGGGAUGGCCAAAGUGUACCACUGCCCUCUCCCCUCUCAUGCCUCCAUCACUCAUGUUAUGGCUAAACCUGUUACAGAGAACUCAAAAUCCCACAAUGCUCCUUGCUACCCUGUGAGCCACAUAGUCCAGCACCUCUUUGGGAGCAAUAAUGUGGACAUGAAUUUCCACAUGGCAGAGGAUCAUCCAACAGAGAUGAAGGCCAGAUUUGUUGAUGCUGACUUCUCUAACUUGGAGGCAGAAAUCAAGAACUACGUAAUCAAGCAAGAGGGCCAGCCAAGACUGCACUUCCUUGAAUUUCUGGGUUACCAUGACCCUUAUCGUCCCCAGUCACAGGCAACAGAAACAGAUUUCAGCAAUGUUGGUAGUAUGAUCGAGUGUGGACUCUUCACUGAAGCCUUGGACUCAAUCAGAAGCGCUGUGUUCCCAGGCCUGCUGCCACCAGCGCCAUACCUGAUCUCCCUCUUAGAGUAUGCACAGCAGGGUAACGCCACCUCUGUCUUCCUGAGAAAUUUCCAGCAAGUCAUGUACAAACUGCUCCUCACCAACCCUCCAUGGUUGGCUCCCAGCUCAGUGAAAAAAUAUUUUUCUCAAGUGUUACAGUGUCCUCAGUGCAAAAGGGGCUUGUGGCCUUUUCUAGAGACCGCCAUCAGGUACUGCCUGUCCAGCGAGGUCACGUGUCACCCACUGCCUGGACCUGCCCUGCCAACACUGUUACAUUUCCACUGUGACAUCCUGGGACUUUCCCUCAAGCUCUUCCAGGGGGAACUCCACUCCGUCACUGCCGGAGAUUUCAUGCUGCCACAGGGAACGAGAGUCUCUCCAGCAUCAGGCUCUCUGCUGUAUGGAACCUUUUGGACUGUGUGGGAGCGCUCCACUCUGCUGUCGUCUGCUGUGAAACAGCUAACUCAGCUCUUGAUACAGGCUGCCAUGGAGGACUAUGCUGAGAGGGAUGAGAAGCAGAAGCUGCAUUUGGCCGACACCCUGCUGGACCUCCUGUCUGUGUUGGUGGAGUUCUGGUGUCAGCAACACUUCAAACUGAACCGGAUCCUCGUGGAAAAAGGCCUGAAAGACCUCUCAGAGCACCUCGCUGUUAUAAGCCAGGAUGCAGCUCCAGUUGUUUUGGUUGAACUGGUCGUCAGAGUUCGCUCUACCAGGCUCAAGUUGAUGAUAGCUGAUGCCAUAUUCAGGAAUCUCUGUUGCAAAAAUGGAGUCACCAUGGGAGAUGAACCGCUCUCUCUCAAGAAAAUGGUGCUUUCCUACCUGCCUGUUCUGGGAAGUUUAGCUCAGACUCCCAGUGGUACUCGCCUCAGGACUGGACCCACCUCGAACAGCUGCACUAGUCAGGGGACCAACUGCAGAACCCAAAACUCUCUGGUGAAUGAAACGAGCCCGGAGAAGGAGAAUAUCCCCAGAGGUUUGAACAGAGUCAACGCAGCAGGAGAGACCCUCCUCCACAGAGCUUGCAAGAGGAACCAAGUGGAGACGGUGCUACAGAUCCUGGCGCUUCCUGGCACAGACGUCAAUGUUAAAGACCAUGCAGGCUGGACACCUCUGCAUGAAGCGUGCAACCACGGCAGCACUGAGUGUGUGGAGGCUUUGCUGCAUCACCGUCCUGCCCCUGUGCUUAAUAACCAGGUGGGUGGAGUGAGUCCGCUGCAUGAUGCCCUGCUGAACGGACACAUGGACAUUGCCAAAAUGCUGCUGGAACAUGCAGGCUCAGUUCUCCUCCGGCAGACCGAUAACGACGGUCGGGUUCCACUGGAUCUGGUCUCUGCACCAAGUCAGAGGGAGGAGCUGCUGCACAGCGCGCAGGUUGGAGACUCGACACUGAAAACCCCAGUGACUGAGGUCUCCAAUCUUGCCCUCCUGGAGGCUGGAUCCUCUCUGCUGGCCCACCUCAUUUUCUCCUACCAGCAGGAGAGGCGCUUGCCUGGCCACAUGCAACCCGGCGACAAGCCUCGCAGCCUGGUCUGCAAGAUGGUCAGAGCCCUGGAGACGCAUUCCUUCCAAGAAGUGACUUUGGGCUGGACGGACCAGCGGGCAGUGAGGAUGGUGGAAGACGUGGAGACACUGCUGGAGCUCAGCCAGGGGAAGCACCAGGGGCAGGUGUCUCAAGCUGUGAGAGAGUGUAAAGGAGAGAACACGCUGUUUCUGAUGGAAAUACUGGAGGAUCUCAGGUCUCGAGGAGAGGCACUAGUAGCCGACUUGUAACAAUAAAGACUUCAAUACACAACCUAUGUUUGAGUGUUAACAAAAUGGAAAAUGCGUCACUGUCACAUAGUUCACUAAGGCCUUACAGUAUCUAAAUGGGCACCGAACACCUUUCCCUCCCUGGAUUUAUAUCUCUAAAACAGUGUAGAAGUUGGAUGUAUAUAAGUUUCUCCAAAGAUAUCAUUUUGUACUCUCUUGAUACUGACAUGAGUCGACUAUAUUUUGCUACUUUAUUUUGGUUCAAAAUGUUUUUUGCUUGGCGAAUAUUUUUGAAAUGUACAAGUAUGUUUAUGUUGAACAUUAUUAGUUGUAUGUUUUUUACAUCAACAUUUCACUGUAGACUGUCACUACCUCACAUUUUGCUUUUCUAUACCAACUUGACUUAUGGUGUUUGUUUUUUUUUUGUUCACGACUAUUUAAGACAAAAUAAAUGAAAAUACAUUAGUUAAUAUUAGCACUCCCUGCUAUGGUGUCAAGAAAUUCAGGUCGCAGUGAAUCUACGGUGGUCUAAUAUUCUAUAAAAAGUAAAUCAGCAAAAACGGGUACGGCAGUGUGACGCUGAAUGAAGCUCUGACAGAUGAGUUCCUUUAUGUGGUUACCACAGAGAAAAAUAUAGCAGUUCCCAAGUAAUCCUGUCCUGAAAUGGUGAUGUGCACUCUGGGUCCCAGCUGCAGAGGCAACAGUGAGGAAUGAGCAACUUCACGAAGCUGAACGAGAAUGAAGAGAGCGGCUUAGGCCAAUGUCAGGGUUCCCACACGUCCUGGAAAACGACUGACCAAUAAUCAUUAUCAGCCUCAAAAACCCACAAAACACCCCUCUAUACUCGACCACACUUAGCACAAUCCGGUUCCACCUUCUGUAAAUCUGCUUGGAAUCUUCCACUUCCUGUUUGUCAAAGUGGCCUUCUGCCUGAACAGGUUUUGUUGGAGCUCAUGCAACAAACAUUUUGGGUAACUGCACUUUAAUAUGGAUGGAUGACACUGAAUUAGAUUCUGUUUUAAUGAGACUGAGUUCAGAUGUGUAGCUCUGUCAUUAAAUAGGAAAUUAUUUCUCAGAAUUCACAGAGAAAAGUCUGAAAUGUUUGCUAGGUUAGCGUCCCACAUGUUCUUUGACUCAGCUAAAGCUAACUCUCUCCAACUUCUGGAUCUCUUGAGUUGCUUGUUGUUAAAAUAUCUUGCUAUCCGGUCCAGGUAGAAGACGAUGUGAAGAGAAAGCUUCAGAGGAUGAAUAUCACACAUUUACAAUGGAAAUAAAUGUUCUUUUAUUAGACAUUAUGAUGCAAAAGUUGGAUUUCCCUUUAAUGAAGUUCAAAUCUUUAA